UCCGCUAGCUGACUGUACCAUUUAUCCGACAUUGUAUACAUUUGCACUGUAUCAACAGUACGACAAUACACUUGACGGUGGCUGUACGUACUGCAAUUGAAGAAGGAGAAGAAGAAAUACACGUAUUUGCGGGUGACACGUCAACAGAUUUUGAGGAAACAGCAAAGCAUAGCGGCCAACAUUUUUGCAACACAUUUGCUUUCCAAAGUUUAAGCUGACCUAAGUGAGGAAAUCAGUCAUCAUGGGCGUAGACCCGGUUCGUGAUGUGUUCGAUGUCGGUUCCAGCAGUAUUUUGUUAGGAAUAGCGACGUCGCUUGUGCUUGUAUGGAUGGUGAGAUGGAUGUCGACGCGGAGAAGGCUAAAUCUGCCACCGGGACCGAUGCCCGUGCCGUGGCCUCUGAACAUCGUGACAGAGUUAUUAUUGAAACUUCAAGGUACCAACCCGUUUGUACUCCUCGGAAAACUGGCUGAAAGAUACGGCGAAGUCGUGUACAUCGACAACGGCGGACGCCGUUUUGUAUUUCUUGCUAGCCCCGAGGCCGUCAACGAGGUUCUUGUCAAACAGGCUGACAUAACAUCCGGAAGAGAAGACUUCUGGGAACUCAAAGCAGUCACCCAUUAUCAUGGUGGAAUUAUUUUCUCGGAAGGAGACGACUGGAUACAACACCGACGCUUCGGUCUUGCUGCACUUCGUAACUUCGGAAUGGGAAAAAAAUCCCUCGAGAACUCAGUCAAUGCGGAAGCUCGGAUAUUAAAUGAGGUUUUGUCGGAGAAGAUCGGCAAAUCAUUUGAUCCUUUCUUUGCUAUGAACAACGCUGUAUCAAACAUCAUCUGUGCCAUUACGUUCGGUCGACGAUUCGAAUACUCGGAUCCCAAAUUCAAAGAGAUGAUUCAACGGAUCAACUACUUUGUAGCCGAAGAUCCGGGUCCCAUGUCGAACCUCCCUACCUUCAUCAGCAACGCUCGCCGAAGGAAUCUUGUGGCAGUCCGGAAGUUCCUGGAGGAGGAGGUCAACGAACAUAAGUCGACCUUUGAACCCAGUGACGUCAGAGAUGUCAUUGAUUUGUACUUGAAGGAAAUAUAUCGAGCGCGGGAAGCGGGGGAGAAGAACGAACUAGACUUGACGAAAGCAUGGCCACUCGUCUUCGAUUUCUUCUUAGCGGGAACGGAAACGACAUCGACCACGCUGCUUUGGGCUUUCCUGUUCAUGGCAGGCCAUCCGGAAGUUCAAGAAAAGAUUGUAGCUGAGAUAAACUCCGUCAUUGGGUCUGGUGCCACGCCCCGAUUCGAGGACCGUAAAUUGAUGCCUUACACGGAGGCAACGCUCGUCGAGGUUCUCCGCUACCGCCCAAUCGCCCCUACCGGUGUUCCACAUCGGGCAACGUCUGAUCUGAAGGUCAAAGGUUAUGCUAUACCUGACGGCGUCAAUAUUGCCGUUAACAUCCUGUACAUUCACCAUGACCCUAAGAUAUGGGGUGACCCGGAAGUUUUCCGACCUGAGCGUUUCCUGACGGAGGACGGGAAGGCGUUAAUAAAACACGAAGCCUAUAUGCCAUUUGGAGUAGGGCGUCGAAUUUGCCUCGGUGAGCAGCUAGCUAAGAUGGAGUUGUUUCUCUUCUUCACCAACAUUCUUCAGCAGUUCAAGAUCACCUUGCCUCCUGGUGUGCAGCCUAACUAUGACUUUGGGCACCGUGUAACGACGCUGGUUCCCAAGGCAUACGAGAUCAUACUGGAAGAGCGUUAGAAAACGCGUAUAAUUAUUGGACGGGUUCCGCGCGUUGCCGCAUUAAAGUGACUCGGUAACAUUGUUGAAGGUUGAUGAAAAAAUUGCUUAAUUUCUGUAUAAAAUGUUACUUACUAUAUGCCCCCUACUGUUCUAACCCUCUGACAAGCAAAAAAUCCUGAAAAAAUUCUCAAACCACAAAGAUAUCUAUGGUUUUCUUUGAAGGCGUCGAUGUACGACACCCUCUAAAAGUGAUUAACAGUAGAUUCUCGCAACCAUUUUUGAAUUUUUCCCAACCAUUUUUCCAUGAAAAAAAAAGACAUAAACAGGCUAUAAAAAAAUCUGUCAACAUUUAAAUG